AUGUCUCUCGGGAUUCUCGCCGCUCUAUGUGCUGUCAUUUUGUACACUCUCGGGAGGCUUUGUCGGGAGGCCUUUACCCAUUAUCCGCACGAUGCUCUCCGUGGCCCCCAACCACAGUCAUUUCUACGAGGCAACCAAAAGGACUUCUUCCACCCCCAGGCCUGGAAGCGCUGGGCAGAAUGGGCCGCGACAUACGGUUCCGCCUUUAUCAUUCGAAAUAUCCUUGGGGCCCGUAUCGUCGUCCUCUACGACCCCAAGGCUAUCCACGCCGUCAUGGUCAAGGACCAGAACAUCUGGACGAAAGGCUCCGGACGGUCGUCUACUGUCUUCUCCGUUCUUCUAGGGCCAGGGUUGCUCUCUUUGCGAGGUGGAGAGCAACACAGGCGCCAGCGCAAGAUGCUUAACCCCGUUUUCUCCGUCGCCCAUCUGCGCAACAUGACCCACAUCUUCUACCACGUCGCGCAUAGGGUUGAUAAAGCGAUCAAAGCGCGUCUCCCAACCACCGCCCCUGCUCAAGAAGUCGACAUCAAUGACUGGAUGAGUCGCGCCACUCUCGAGAUGCUCGGGCAAGCUGGACUGGGCUACUCCUUCGACGAUUUCGCCGGCGAUUCUGCAGACGAGUACGGGGAGUCCAUAAAGCUCUUUUUCCCGCACCUCGCACGCACGCGCGUGCCCGCCAUCACCGUUCGUCAGCUCUCCUGGCUUUUGUCCGACUCUGCGAUCCGCACAUACUUCCGCACAUUCCCCUCGGCGACCGUGCGCGAGGUGCAGCGCACCUCGGACACCAUGGCCACGCGAUCCGCGGCGAUCGUCCAGCAGAAGAAGGCUGCGCUCGAGAAGGGCGACGCCGCGCUCAAGCACGAGGUCGGCGAGGGCAAGGACAUCAUGAGCAUCUGCUUGCGCGCGAACAUGGCCACGACCCCGAGCGAGCGGCUGUCCGACGAGGAGCUCGUCGCGCAGAUGUCGACGUUCAUCCUCGCGGGCAUGGACACGACCGCGAACGCGCUCUCCCGCAUCCUCUGGCUCCUCGCGGCGCACCCCGACGUCCAGACGCGCCUGCGCGCGGAGCUCGUCGAGGCGCAGGGCGGCGCCCGCGCCCGCGCGGACGUGCCGUACGACGACCUCGUGAAGCUCCCCUACCUCGACGCGGUCUGCCGCGAGACCCUGCGCGUCUACGCGCCCGUCCUGUUUGUGUCGCGCGCCGCGGCGGAGGACACGGUGAUCCCGCUGUCGGCGCCGGCGCCGACGCGCGACGGCGGCGCGAUGUCCGAGAUCCCCGUCGCGCGCGGCACGACCGUCCUCCUCUUGCUCCAGGCGUCGAACGUGAACCCGGCGCUGUGGGGCGCGGACGCGGCGGAGUGGAGGCCGGAGCGGUGGCUCGCGCCGCUGCCCGCCGCGGUCGAGGACGCGCGGGUCCCGGGCGUGUACGCGCACCUGAUGACGUUCGCCGCGGGCGCGCGGGCGUGCAUCGGCUUCAAGUUCUCGCAGCUCGAGAUGAAGGUCGUGCUGGCGGUGCUCUUGACCUCCUUUUCGUUCGAGCUUACGGACAAGGAGGUGCGCUGGAACAUGUCGGCCGUCAUGUACCCCUCUAUGGAGGACAGCUGCAAGCCCGGUCUUUUGCUCAGGGUUAAACCGCUCAAGGAGUAG